UCAAAAUCAAGUGAUGUACUUGGACCAGGUUCAUCAAAUAUAUUUAUUAUUUGUCCAAUUUUUAUAAACAUAAUAUAUAAUAUAUUGCGACAAGGAUGGAUUCAAAAGCAGAAGGUAUCACUGAUAAAAUUGAAAUGGACACUGUUUGUGAAUUGUUGGAUAAAACUUUACUUCAACAACUACAUUUGAUGGAGGAGAAAAUGAGAUAUGAACUUAUUUUGGAAUCAAACAUCAAACACGGCAGCAUACAUCUUGCCAAGUCUAGAUAUAUAAUGGGCCAUACUUCAGUCAGCAUGGCUAGACUGCCAAUGGAAGCCAGUCCUGAGUUUUCUGCAUCAACUGUUUGUGAAGAAACAGAGAUAGAUAAUAACAAGCAACUUCAGGUUGUAGAAAAUAAAGAUAGUAAUACAGUAAAUCCAUUACACUGGUUUGGUAUAUUGGUGCCACAAAACUUACAUGAGGCAAAGAAAGUCUUCCGGAGGACCGUAGAUGUGGUUGUGGACUGUGUAAACUUGCAAAUACGUUUACUUGAGAAUAUCAAGAAUAUGGAAGCUUUAAGACAAUAUAAAAAACUGUUGACAAAUGAUUUACUUUAA